AUCAGACAAAUAUGAAGAUUGUAUGGGAUGGACAAAAAAGAGACUCGAAAAAACCAGCAUCCUUUUCCUUGUAGAUUACUUCCGCUCCAAAAUUUAAAACAAGAUGUCAAGUUCUGUUCAUUGGCUGAAUUGAAGACUUGUAUUGAUUCUGCUCAACUCAACUCUCUUCAAAAGGAAAGUAAAGAUUCCAUUCUGAAAUUACUAGAAGGAGAUAUUAGGUCAUCUGACAUUGACAGCAAAUGUCUGUCUUUGUGGAAGAAUGGUAGGAAAAAACCACCAAGUGUACCAUGGGAGACUUGCAAACUAAAAAACAAGGGAAAAGUGUCAGAGAAAAAGAAUAGCCCACCUCAGGAGGCAGCAGGCAGUUUUAAACGAACUGCAACACUAAAAGUGCCAAAUGAUGUAGGCAAAAUAAUAUCUAACAUACCAGUAAAACCACCGGCUAUAACUGCCAUCAAGGCAAAGCCCAAAGGAGCCAAAUAUUUUAAACAACCGUCACACCAACACCAACUUUCUGACCACAGUUUCCUAUCACAAGCGGAUACAGUGGUGACUGCAACAACUUCAACCUCACUUCCUUAUGAUGAGGACUACGCUGAAAGCACUCUUCCAUCCGAAUUAGACGACUACCAAACUUGCUCGGAGUUUGACUUUAAAGACGACAACACUGAAAGUCCGUCUGACACGUUCACUGACGAGCAUACAGAGACCACGAGCAUUGAAGAGUCGGGGAAGCUUGAAAAAUCUGAAAAUGACGAGUUUGACGAGUUAUCAGAUAUAGAUGGAGACGACAGUGCUGUUGUCAGCCAGUGUAACUCGUCUCUCUCCUGGACUUCUCUAGACGCUAAACAGGACGAAGUGAGCGAGAGUGUAACCACCACUGAUAGCGGACUAGGGAGUGAUGCUGACAUCUCCACACACCUCCCUAUCACUCAGUCCCACUUUAAACACUGUCCUCCUGUCCUAUACUUCCCUGCAGAACAUGAGAAAGUAUCUAAGCUACCAAGAGCGCUACAAAAGCAGCUAAAAUGGAAGAUGAGUACAAUAACACCUAAUGUUGUAAAGAAUGUCAUCGCUCGAACUGGCUUUGUGCCCUCAACCAAGCGACGGGAGUGGAUUGGAUAUUGGGGUAAGCAUAUGAAGGCAGCAGCUUUUAGAAACAUACAUCCUCAUCAAAAAGUCAACCAUUAUCCUGGAACUUUCGAGAUUGGUCGAAAAGACAAACUCUGGAAAAACCUGAACAAAGCUCAGAUAAAACACUCCAAGAAGGAGUAUGACUUUAUCCCUCUCACCUUCUGUUUGCCGAGUGAGUGGAAGACUUUUAAACGAUACUGGGACGAGAGUGGACACAAACAAAAGUGGAUUAUUAAACCGCCUGCAUCUGCACGUGGUAUUGGUAUCAAAGUCAUCCACAAACUGAACCAGAUACCAAGGAAACGAAACAUAAUAAUCCAGAGAUAUCUGGCCAGUCCGUAUCUUAUAAACGGCAGAAAGUUCGACCUGAGGAUAUACGUGUACGUGUCAUCCUACGACCCGCUGUGUAUUUACAUGUACGAUAACGGACUUGUUAGAUUCGCCAGUUCCAAAUACUCACAUUCGAGCAAGUCACUGUCUAACCGGUAUGUUCAUCUCACCAACUACAGUGUCAACAAGUUCAACGAUGCUUACAUCAAAAAUGAGGAUGAGACCGGAACUGAAAGUCACAAGUGGGGUUUGAAAGCUCUGUGGAAAUAUUUACAAGUGGCGGGACAGGAUGUCGAAGGGAUAAAAGCUAAAAUAAAGAACAUUGUUGUUAAAACGAUCAUAGCCUCAGUUCCCACUGUAACGAGUCUAUCCAAGAGUCAUUGCAAAUACCGACAUACAUGUCAUGAACUGUUCGGAUUUGACAUAUUUCUUGAUCAGCAUCUGAAACCCUGGAUCAUAGAGGUAAACAUAUCCCCAAGUCUCCACACCAGUGCCCCGCUUGACAAGCACAUAAAAUACGGCCUGGUAAAGGACCUGUUCAACACGGCAGGGUUCCUGGUACCCCAGACCCCCACCAGGACCCGGUCUACAGCACCCUCCAGUAGAGGUCCUCACUCCGGGACCAGCACUCCCGCUGGGGGUAAUGUCAUUGUUGGGGGGAGGCAGGAGGGUUGUAACGGUGAGAACAAUGACAAUGUCACUGAUAAACAACUCUACUUUAAUCCCGGAAUCCAGCUAUCAAGUGACGAGAAAGCUAAGCAUGCAUACUUUGCUCAGAAGUACCCAACAGAUGGCUCAGUCUCGGAGAAGAUACUUGAUACUCUCACUCCUGAUGAUAUCAGAGUGCUUAUGAAGUUUGAGGACGAGAUUUCAAGAAGAGGAGAGUUGGAGUUAAUAUUCCCCACCGAGUCCGGGGGUAAAUAUUUGAAAUACUUCGUGUUGCCCAAAUUCUACGAUCUGCUCGUGUUACAGUGGAUUAAGAAAUACGCUAAGGAUCCACAUCGUGGUGUUGCCAGACUUCAGAAAUUAGCUGAGUCGCAGGUACAAUUUACUCGCACUCCGACAAACGCUGAAAACAUUUGGUGCAAGCAAAACCUCAGAAACCUGAAACGAUACGAUAAGAUCAGUGAUAAGAAGACUCACAGAAGCUCGUUGAACAGAAGCUGUCCACCUUCUCGGAAGAGUAGCACCAGCAAUCUACUACUAACACCUUCACUAGAAGUGUUUCUCCAUCCCAAGAAAGGAGUUAGUCCUAUCACUUACAAGCCUCCACUACCCCUUCCCGCAACACGGCGAACUGUCCAAUCUGUUGUUCUGGCACGGAGUCAGCCCGGCCUUGCACAGGUCACCAGAUCCAGUGCGGGUACCAGCUCCCGCAGUCAGACAACCCGCACCACCGUCACCCGACCCCAACUGGACUCCGUUCCUAAGAAUCAGCGCAGGAAACCAGUAGACUCGACAACUGUCGCUAGAUGACAAUAUUUUUAGAGCUUAUAGUCCAGUUAUGUUGUCUGGUGCGCUUCUGCUUUAUAUGGUAUUUGGAGAUAUUAAGCUAGAGUAUAUAAAAUUAGUUAGCUGGUUGAGUUUUAGCAAGAGGGGAGAGAAUCGCUGCUCAUGUUUACCAUCACUUUGUGUGCUGUCCAACCGUGCCAGGUUACAGACACGCCACCCUCCUCUUGUAUAUAAAUUUCCAUCUUAAUGAUUUAUGGUUUGUAUACCUUUUUACUUUACUCAACGACUGCACAAAAUUACGCCAUUUACGGCAAGGGCGAUUUUUAAUAGUUCUUAAGUCCCUACUUAUCGUUGAUAGUUUGACUUUGCAAAUUGCAAUCCUAAAUGGGUCUAAAGUCUUCAGCUUGGCUCUUAGACUUUAGGUUGACUGAAAUAGUGUGUGUGUGAUUCUAGAUUGUAUUUUUCAUAUAUUUGUUGAGCAUUUUAGUUACGAUUUACAAUUAAA